GUGGUGGUUGACCCACCUAACCUAAAGUUGUCCAAAAAAUUCCGUAUAAGACAGUGUUUAUUUGUUCAAAAUAUUUGAAUUAAUUCUAGAGAUAUGUGCGUGAAUGUUAAAAUUUAUACAGUCGUUUUAGGAAAUUUUCGGUCUUACUCGCUAAGUGGAAAAUUUUGAUGCGGUAGUGACAUUUUUUUGGCUCUAACUUUGUGAAGUGUAUUUUUCCCUGAAUGGACAUCUCGGAAGUCUUUUUUAGGUACUAAUAAAUAUUAAGUACCGAAUAUACUGUGGUGAAUAUUUGAAUAAACAAAAACCUUGCUCAAAUACAAGCAUGCCAGCACAACCACGUGCGUUCCGUAUCAAAAAACUUAAGAAUAUAAAAUAAAUGUUAUCAAAGGUAUCAGUGAUAAUGUGCUCGAGUGGAUCGCAUAGUAGUGUUGACCUCCACGCAGGACGUACAAGUGUUAACUAAUGUGAUUCGAACAAAAAUGGCGAAAAAUAAGGGAUGGAUAACGCCGUUCAAGAAGCAGUGCUUCGUGACAUUUGGCGUGUGCCUGAACAUGGCGGCUCACGGCCUCGUCAUGGGCUUCAAUGCUAUACUCCUGCCGCAGCUUAGACAACCAGACUCCAUCAUACCCAUAGAUGAUACAUCCGGAUCAUGGAUUGCUUCUAUCAUUGGAUUUGCACUCGUGGCGGGGAACUUUAUCGUCCCCCCCAUCAUGGCUAACUACGGCAGGAGGACUGCCAACAUUGUGAGCGUCACGCCGCUCCUCGUCGGCUGGUUCUCCAUCAUCCUGGCGAAAAGUGUCCCUGUCUUACUCGUCGCGCGGUUCCUCCAGGGCAUGGCUAUGGGCAUCAGCGCUUCUCUCGGACCCGUCCUCAUCGGAGAAUAUACAAGCCCUCAAAACCGAGGAGCAUUUUUAACAAUGAUAUCUUUAUGUAUAGCAACCGGAGUGCUUACAGUCCACACUAUGGGAUCGUUCAUGCAUUGGCAAACGACUGCUCUUGUGUGUGGCUGUAUAGCUUUUGUCGAUCUCAUAAUUAUCAUUUACUCACCGGAAUCUCCUAGCUGGUUAGCAGAUCAAGGUAGAUACGAAGAGUGUAAGCAAGUCUUCCGGUGGCUUAGGAAUGAGGACGAAGAAGAAGAGUUACAGAAAAUGAUAGAAGCUAGCGUUAUAGUUAGAGAAUCUAAAGAGGAAGCUAAUAUAUCUCAGUCUCUUGGUAAAAGAAUAAAAAGUGGUGUCGUAUACUUCAGUGCCACUAUAAAGAAGAAAGAGUUUUACAAACCUAUUUUUUUAAUGAUGCACAUUUACACUUUAGGCCAGUGGGCUGGUGCUAAUAUAUUAGCCGCAUAUACAACAGACAUUGUUCAUAAUAUUAUAGGCACAGAAUUUAAUACAGCUCUUUUGAUCAUUACCUUGGACAGUCAGAGAAUUAUUUCAAAUGCGUUAGCAGUCUUGGUUAUAAAGAAGAUUAAUAGAAGAACGAUGUUGUUUUCAACCGUGAUUGUUAAUAUAAUUUCUUUCUUGGCUACAGCUGCUUAUACUUACUUUAAGGGGCAAGGCACUUUACCGCCUUUCCUUGACCAUCCAGGAGUUGGAGUAGCUCUUAUCCACAUCCACAUGUUCACGAUCGCAACUGGAACUGUACCGUUGCCUUUCAUCAUAGCUGGAGAAGUGUUCCCUCUAGAAUAUAGGAGCUUAGCUGGUGGUAUUAGUGUUCUGUUCCUUUCAUCCAAUCUGUUUAUAACAGUCAAAACUGUACCAUUCUUCUUCGGUACCCUGGGAAUACAUGGAGCGUAUUGUAUUUAUGCUGCUGUAGUUGGGUAUUGUCUGGUGGUAGCUUACUUCUUCUUGCCAGAAACUAAAGAUAGGACGCUUCAGGACAUUGAGAAUGAGUUUAGAGGAAGACCUCUGUCACCUGAUGAGGUGAAGUCUACACAAUCUUUGGCUUCAUGGAAACUGCAUAGUAAGGACAGAAGAUGUAGCAGUCCUGUCGUUUAAAUUAAGUUCCAUUUUACGUCCUGGUUGAAAGGAAUCUUACGCAUAUUUAACUGUUAAUAAUAUUUCAAGGAUGGCUUCGAAUGUGUGAUAAUAAAUCAUGUUUUAAAGCCAGUCAUGUAUGACAGCGUAAUUUAUUUAAUUAUUUAAGGUUUUAAUAUAUUAUGUCUUGUGAUAAUAAAUCUUCCUAUUUUGAAUACUGACACAGUAUUAUUUCAUAUGAUAUUUUUGAUAAAAGUUAUGGGACACAAAAUUGUAAGUAAUAAGUAGAUGUGUAAAUAGCGUUUGACAAUAGUAGUAUUAUUAAUUAAGUAACUAAUUUAUGAAUAACCUGUUAAUUUAGGUUAAGUUCACAACAUAAUAAAGCAAUUUGAUAUUU